UAAUUAGUCCUCAGGAUUUUAUUCAAGUCAUGGACUCUAGAUAUGAGUCAUCUGAUACCUUAAGGAACAAGUGUGCAGCUUGCUUCAGACAAUUUAACAAGAUGGAGCACCUAGUGGAACACAUGAGAAUUUCAUACCACUCGGUUCAUGAACCCAUGUGUGGAAUCUGUAAGAAGCACUGCAGAUCCUUUGAAUCCUUGAGAGAACAUCUCAUAGGGCCAUUGCCUAAACUAGAGUGCAAAAACAUUUUCAAUGUCCGAGGAUGCAGGUUUUGCUUAACUAUCCUUGAUAGCGCUAGUGCUCGCAUGAUUCAUCAAGAUAGAUGCCAACAAUCAAAUCUUCAUGCUGGACUACUUGCUCGCAUGGCUAAUUUAGGCAUGCGUGACAACCUGACCAUUGACAAUGGUUACAAUAGAGGUCCACAGGUAGUUGCUCUCGGUUGCAAAAUGGUUGGAGGGGGCAGUGAUGGCUCUCUUGAUCUUUGUGGAAGGGUUUGUCUCAUUGAUGAGAAUGAAAACAUUAUUUUCCACACUUAUGUCAAACCACCAAUUCCUGUCACUAACUAUAGGUAUGAAACUACCGGCAUUCGGCCUGAAUACUUAAGAGAUGCAAUGCCACUAAGGAUAGUUCAGUCAAAGAUUCAAACUUUUCUUUGUAAUGGGGAACCUAUGUGGAAAAUUCGGCCAAAAGGAGGAAAAGCAAGGAUUCUUGUGGGUCAUGGAUUAGAUCAUGACCUUGACCGUAUGCAAGUAGAAUAUCCAGCUGUAAUGAUCAGGGAUACAGCAAAGUAUCCUCCACUGAUGAAGACAAGCAAGCUCAGCAACUCACUCAAGUAUCUAACACAGGCCUAUCUUGGAUAUGACAUUCAAACUGGCAUACAAGACCCUUAUGAGGAUUGUGUAGCAACAAUGAGGCUUUACAUGAGAAUGAGAUCACAAAGACAUAGAGUAGAAGACUACCCUCUCGCUUCAGACCCACAAAAUCGAAACCACUUCGCUUCAUGGAGACAAAGUGAGCUUGAAAGGAUGAACCCAGAAGACAUGCUUGCUAUAUCAAGGUCUGAUUAUUAUUGCUGGUGUUUGGACUCUUAAUUAAGCAUACAACGAUACCAGGAAGUACUGAACUUAAUCCAUCAAGACAAAAGUGUGUUUUACUGGAACCCAGAACCUCAAAUUAUCCAAUAUUCAAGUAUAAGAAGAACAAUAAAACGGAUAUGCUUGUCAUUUCCGUCACCUAAUCAUUAUUGCUUGUAUGCUAUGUUUUUCAAUAUGUAAGAUUGCUUAAUUAAUCGAAAAAUAAAAUUCAUAUUUAACUAUGUUAUCAUAUACUUAUUUUAUAUGCUUAUACAAUGUCUCAGCUUAGCAUUACCGAAGGAAAAAUUAGGGUUUCAUGUGGCUAACAGUUGAGCCCUAGGAGAUUGGUUCAAACUUUGUGCUCCAUUUAAACUGAUACAUAUAUAUA